AUGCAUUUUCAUGAUUGCUUUGUUAGGGGGUAUGAUGCUUCGGUGUUGCUUGAUUCAACACCAGGUAAUCCUGUAGAGAAGGAUAAUCCGGCAAACAACCCGAGCUUGCAUGGAUAUAAAGUGAUUGAUGAGGCGAAGGCUGAACUUGAGGCCAUAUGCCCACAAACAGUCUCGUGCUCAGAUAUCAUAGCAUUCGCUGCUCGCGACAGUGCUCAUGUUGUUGGUGGAAUAACAUAUGUGGUGCCAUCAGGGCGUCGAGAUGGAAGAAUAUCCCUAAAAGACGAGCCAGAUCAGGACCUUCCUCCUCCUUAG